GCGGCUGCGGACGCGCCGCGAGGCCGGCGGAGCCGGCGGGGCAGGAAGCUGGGGCGCGCCCGGGCUGCUGGGCGCCAUGGGCCGCUUGCACUGCGCGCUGGACCCGGUGCCCGAGACCGUGGGCGGCGACAUGCAGCAGCUGAACCAGCUGGGCACGCAGUUCUCAGCGCUGACAGAAGUGCUUUUCCAGUUUCUGACAGAGCCCAAGGAGGUGGAAAGGUUUCUGGCUCAGCUCUCUGAAUUUGCCACCACCAAUCAGAUCAGCCUUGGCCCCCUCAGAAGCAUUGUGAAAAGCCUUCUCCUGGUUCCAAAUGGUGCCCUGAAGAAGAGCCUCACGGCUGAGCAGGUGCAGGCAGACUUCAUAACCCUGGGUCUUAGCGAGGAGAAAGCCGCUUACUUUUCUGAAAAGUGGAAACAGAACGCCCCUGCCCUUGCUCGAUGGGCAGUAGGUCAGACCCUGAUGAUCAACCAGCUUGUUGAUAUGGAAUGGAAGUUCGGAGUAACAUCUGGGAGCAGUGAAUUGGAGAAAGUGGGAAGUAUUUUUUUACAACUAAAGUUGGUGGUUAAGAAAGGAAAUCAAAUUGAAAAUUUGUAUUUAGAAUUAACCUUGCCUCAGUUCUACAGUUUCCUGCAUGAGAUGGAGCGAGUCAGAGCCAGCAUGGAGUGUUUGAGCUGACUCCUGUCCCAGCAAUACCUCUCCCUUUGACUAGGAACAGCUCCAGAGACCCCUCCUGCAGGCCAUGGGCGCCCCACACUGUCCUCUGGCUUCUUGAGAGCCCACAUGUAAAAGAUUUCUGAAAAACAACAGAAUGAACUACUUAAAGAGCCCCAUACAACUUCCCUGCAAACUCCUUGUUAAGGAGACCACCACCACCUACCUCCCAGGAUAAGUUUUAAAUUUUUCUGACAGGCUGUUGCAUCUCAGAUUCAUCGAUGCCAAUAAAAGUUCCAGAGGAAACAAAUGGUGCCGUGAUGCAAAUGACACGCUGCUGCCCACCUCCUCCUUCCCAAACGCAGAGCUCCUUAUGACUGUGG